CAGCUGGUGCCGCAGUCCCAGAACUAUCCUGUCUUCAGCCAUGGCUUGUGGUCUGGUUGCCAGCAACCUGAAUCUCAAACCUGGAGAGUCCCUCCGAGUGCGAGGCGAGGUGGCCCCCGACGCUAAAAGCUUCGUGCUGAACCUCGGCAAAGACAGCGACAACCUGUGCCUGCACUUCAACCCUCGCUUUGAUGCCCAUGGAGAUGCCAACACCAUCGUGUGCAACAGUAAGGACGGUGGGGCCUGGGGCACCGAGCAUCGAGAGCCUGCCUUCCCCUUCCAGCCGGGGAGUAUUGUGGAGGUGUUCGUCACCUUCAACCAGACCGACCUGACCAUCAAGCUGCCCGACGGGCACACAUUCAAGUUCCCCAACCGCCUCAACCUGGAGGCCAUCAACUACAUGGCCGCUGACGGUGACUUCAAGAUUAAGUGCGUGGCCUUCGAGUAAUGCCAGCUGGCUCACUGUGGCUGCCUCUCAAUAAAAGCACCUGCCUGUG